GUCUGUUGUCCACCCGGAGCAUGACUCUGCCUGUCCCGCAGAAAAAGAGCGGACCCAGCUUGUCUAGAUCGGCUUUCUCUUUUUUUUACCCACUCUCUUCCCUCUCUCACCGUCCCUGCCGGCCUUAUUAUUUACUCCCUCCUUCUGUUGUCCCAGUACCUUACACAGAGAGACUAAGAAAAGACGAUAGUGGAUUCUCAAUCAAGCUUAAGGAAAAAGAAGAAAAGACGAGAGAACCGAACCUAGCGAAAAAGGGGAAACGUGAGAAUCGUAUAACACACGCACACCGGCUGUCCCUGCUACCCCCAAUUCUGUCACCCUCGUGCCUGCGGAACACCUCACAAGAUACGUAGCUCAGUGGGUUUGCCCACACCUGCGCGCAAUACCAGCCACCCAGCUGUCCACCACACCAUCCACUACGUUGCGCUGUGCUGCACCACGCUGUGCCCACGCACCACUCGUACUGGACCCAGCCCACCAUCUGGCCGACCUACCACCUCGCUCUGUUUGCCAGGCCCGAUCCAUCAACCCCAGCUUCCCAGCCAUUUUUGCUACAUCUCAUCCAGCAAGAAGGGCAAAUCCAGUCUCUCCCCCCCGACACUCACGACUGCCCUGAUCUCAUUCUACUCCAGCACAACCCUCGACAAACGUCACGCUCGACAUCUCUGGACCCUGUUCCUGUUCCUCUUGCGCAAUCACCCCUUACGACGAACUUUCUUUGCAUCACCUCCACUUGUUCUGCUUCUGCACCUGUUUGCAUCUCUCGCAAUUCAUCCUACCAGUAGCCGACAGACACUACUUCCCACACUACCACACACAUUCCCGGAAACGACGAUACUUUACUCGAUUCAAAAACAAUCCGCGCCGCCAUUUCUACGCCUAAACACCACCACGACAAAUCUUUUUGCGCCCCCCGCGACGCCUAAAUACUACCAAACAACAUCGCUUGCGACCACUAUCUCCGCCUUGUCAAGGUUAUGCCGGGCCGGGGCUGCUGUUAUUGUUGACGAUAUGAUCUUGCAACAUUGACAAGCAGAAAAGCGCUGUCGGGAAGUCUUUUGCGAUACGACUACGGCCUUCUCGGACCCAAUUCAAUUCUGCGCUCCCCCAAACAAAGAAACCUACCGAAAACAUGGAACCUCUACGCCUCAAGCCACGCCAGCCGGCGGCGGAACCCGAUAUCGAAGACUGGGACGAUGACGAUUUCCAAAUCGACACCGACGAUCUGACAUUCCGCACCGCCUCUACCGCUACCGUUACCACCCUUCCUCCCUCACGACGCGACUCUGCGUCUUCACAUGUUUCCCUCCGUUCCGACCUCGAAUCUAUCCUGGACGAAGAGACCCACGUGCAUGUCCCGGGCGACGACGAGAAGUCGACCCUCGACGCCAUCGCCGCUGCCACACAGGCCGGCAUUCCGAUACCCAAAAAUGUACCUUCUUCCGCUCUAAUGGGCGGUACUAUUAAACGACUUGGUGGACGAAAGAUCAAGAAAAUCAUGCAGGACGACUGGGAGGAUGAUCUGGUUCUUCCAGACUCGGCUCAGGCCCUUCGCAUCAAACCUCAGGACGGCUCUAGGUUCCCCGACGCUCUUCGACAAGUCAGCGGCGGUUCCAACCAGACUAGUCCGACCAAAGCUAUGAAGACUCCUCCCGCGGUUUCCAUAUUGGACAGGAGAGAGUCGACGGAAUCAAGGACGAGCACAUUAUCAGGGGCUCUCAACUUGGAGAAGUUCCGUGACAACGAUGACGACGACGACGAUUUCUUUGGCGAUGGAUCGGAGACUAUCAAAGUGUCAAAGACUCGCCCGCCUAAACCCAUUUCACUUAUCACCCCACCGACCCCUCAGAAGAUUGACAAGCCUUUGGACGAUGAUUUUGAGAACGACUUCGAAUUGCCCUCAGAUGGCAAAUUGAGGCUCUCGACUAGAAAGGACAUCCCAAAGACGCCGUCGAACCAGGCAGAUGAUCUGGACUGGGGUGAGGGUAGCCUCGGUACUCGGUUCGGAGGCACACGAAGAGACGCUCGUUCGAAUAGGAGCUCGUCUGUCUCCGCCAUGAGCCCCAGCGUCUCGAGCUCAUUCACCGCCGAGAGCGAAGAUGAGACGUUUGAUGGCCUUGUACUCCCUAGCGGCCCGGUCAACUUUGGUGAGAGAUUGAGUCGUAGGAAACUCAGUCGCUCCCCCGUGCGUCCCGUCGAAGAAGAGCCCCCAAAUCUCAAGACUCCUCAGCCGCGCGAGCCAGAGCCUGAAGACAUGUUUGAUGGUCUUGACGUGGGUGAUGGCGACGUCUUCAACUCGGGCAGGCUUACACUCCAUCGCAAUAUUCGUGUAAAUGCAAACCGCCCACCGAGCCCCCAGAGACCCAAGACUGCAAUCUCAUUGACCUUCACCAACAAGGCUACUCCGUCACGGCUCCCUCGGCCUAGUCAUGAGCGUCAUGAGCGAACUCAGUCUGCCCUGGAGCCUGUGUCUGAGAGUGGUGGUCCUAUCUUUGCUCGUACGAGAAGAUCUCAGUCUCGCAUGGGUCACCAAUCUCAGUCUUCCGUCACGAGUAUUCAUAGCAUGCCGACUCCCACAACACCUUCUCCAUCGAGCUCUUUGCUCCCGUCGACUCCACGCAGGCGAGAGCUUGGUGCUAGAACCUCUACGACGUCGCUGCGUAAUGAGCCGACGACCACUAGCACGCAGUUGUUGAGAUUUAAGCGAUCUCUGCCUGCAAUGAGCAGCUCUCACUCACCGGCAAAGACAAUGUCCCGGUUUGAACGGCCACCGUCUAGGACAGAUGGCCGUCCGCCUUCCUCGAUGCGGCCCAAGACUCCUACUGAGAGAUCUCGACCCGCUGUGGAAAGCUUCGCUGCCCAGCAACGACGCCCCUUUCUCCCUGCUGGGGCGUCACAAUCCCAGUCGCAGCACGUGACUGCAAAAACUUCUCGCAGCUUCCGCCGCCACGAUUCUGAGAACGCUCUAGACCUGCGGCCGACCUCGAGGGCAUUUUCCAGGUCGACAAUGCGGUCGCCGAGUCCGAAGAGAACAAAUCGUCAUUCGGACCAUAUCACCCGCGACGGUUUGUCGUUCCGCACUCUCACCAAGCCAAACCGAACUCGGAACUUUGGUGAUGGGCACGAGUUGGACGGAUUCGACGACUUGCCUACUUCGGCCCAUUCAGAGGCAAAAUUUGUCCGACAACCUGUCAAGGCACCGCUCCGCAACAAGCUUUACCAAAAUGUGCUACCUGAUCGGACUACCACGCCCUCCCCGGCUCCUUACUCCCCUGCGAAGGGUGAUUACACGCCCCAUUUCGCCCGCGAUACCCAGGCUAGCCGAAUUGCUCGGGAGACCUCGCUUGCUCAACGAGCUCCAUCAGGCCCACUGGCGCCUCUCACCUCGUCGCGCGUUUCCCAGCUGUCGUCCAGGAACAAUUUCAAUCCCGGACUACCACAGGCGACGGUGCGGUCGAAAAAGAAGAGGAACCUUCCUCAAUUGAAGCCUCAUCUAAUUUCCAACAUGAAUAAGGACAAGACUCCGCAACAUCUUCAGGGUAUGUUCUACAACCCCGACACCUACCGUUGGGAAGGCAACGAAAAUGUCUUGAACGCGUUCGACCCACCCGCAUCGUCCCCAUCGCCAACAUCAAUGCCGCCGCAUGUGGUACGAGAUAAGGAAGCUUCUUCAACGCCUCGGCCGGCUCUGAUCACGAACAUCAGCCACACGAAGGGCGUGCAGGUUGUGGGCGGCAUGGUCUUUGAUCCACAAAACAUGUGCUGGCUCAAGCUCGGCCCACAGACGAACACCAAGUCUGAGAUACCCGACCCCAUGGACGGCUUCAAUGCUUUAGACGACGAUGAGGACGUCUUCAAGGACAUUCCCGAUCUCGACGACAACCAAGGCGACUCCAAAGAACCCGGUCGCGUUAGCGAAGUUAAGGACGAGUGGCUCGUAGGGGAAGAAUUCGACGUUGGUCCCGAAUUCGUUCGGAGACAGCGCGAAGAAGAAGACCGGUGGCGAAAGAAAUGCGAGAAGUGGCUCGGUGUCGGAGACCGAGACCGCGAAGCUGCCAGAUGGGCGAUUCGCGACAUCCUACUUCAUCAAAGGGCUGCCCAGUAGACCUCACCACACCAACAGCAUUCUACUUCGGGCGGCAUACCAUGCUUUUUUCUUCAUACAUAAUUAUUUUAAUACCCCUGGCGUCAUGGCGAACGACAGGGCGAGCUACGAACGAGGCGUUUUGGAAGAAGGAUUACGACGAACAACAUUUAUGACGAUUCCAGUGACGACUUUCUGGACUCUUCUUUGUGUACAACAUACUCCUACAAAAGGUCUUGAAUAGGAUUCAUGACACACGGCUUUAACGAUGAAAAGAGGUCCGGCAGAGGAAAUGGCACGCCGACUUUAUGACAACAAACAGAUGAUUUGGGAUUUGGGACUCGAUACCAUCCAGACCCGAGCUGGAUAAGAGGGUUUAUAAUCAUAGUGGAGGAAAAAGGAUUGCUUUGACGUUUGCAUUUUUGUACAAUGCUUUUUAUCUUUACGAUGCUGUUUGGAGGAGGUUGGGGGUAGUUAGCCUUUCUUUGCCUGUGGAGGUGGUCAAGGAUUGGUUGGUGUGUCUGUCAUUUAUCUCUUUGAUGAUGAGAGACACGUUGAUGAAAAGCUCUGCUUAGAUUCAUUUUUUUGGCUUCGGCGUAUUGGAUUAGCAAUAACCCAAUCUUCUUUUCUCAAUUCUCUUCGUGGCCAGCUGGCUGGAUAAUUCCUUCUUGACGUGGACGUGAAAGGCUUUUUUUCUUAAGCGGCGACGGCAAAUGACGGUCACAACAGAUGAACGGCGACAGCGACGAUCAUGUCAACAAACUCUUCACUGUUCAAUAUUUUCGUUCGAUACUUUUUUUUAUUUCCCGAAAACCUUUUUGAGCUCCGACUCCAUUUAGUAGUAAUAGGUAAUUAUAAUGCAAC